AGUGGCAGUGCAGGUGGGGGGAGGUCUUCUACUUAACGCUGGAAGCCGUAGCGGGUGGCCAGUGCUGGGUCAGUCGCGGUGAGCUGAGGAACUGAGGACCCUUGCCUUACUACAGAAGCACAGCGUUGAUGCGGAACGUGGGCAUGGCGAGCAAGGCUUUGGCGGUAGUGGUGAUGGUAGUGGCGUGCUUGGCGGUGCAGGUGCGGGCGUGGGGCUCCUACUCCUGCAACAUCACGCCAGUGGACCAGCAGCACAUCGUCAACGCCACACUUCAGUCGGCGCAGCAGGUGAACUCGUCGCUGUCCAGCCUGGAGGAGAAGGUGGACACCAUCCUGGCCCUGCUGCAACCCCCCGGUCCCCCACAGGCCCCCUGGCUGCCUCCACCACCCCCUAGAGGCGCGGCUGAACGUGGGACGUCUGGGAAGAGGGAGCGUAGAGAGAGGGAGGAGCGCAGUAGGGAAGAGGAGCUCACCACAGUACAAAACAAAACAGAAGAGGAGCAUGACAGAGAAAACGUGACAGAGAAGCCUAGGGAUGAUGACAGGGAAGGAAGGACGGAGGCAACUGACCGAAUCGAGCGGGAGCAAGCGGUGACUAAACUGGAAACAACAACAAGGAAACCAGAGAGGCGGGAAGAGGAGGAAGAGAAGGAGGAGGAGGACAGCACAGGACCAGGGAAAGGCCAGUGCUCCGUGAUGGUGACGGACAACCACGCCACGAUCGGGAUGUUCUAUAUGACCACGUACAACCACGGCCACUGUGCCAAUCGCUAUCCCAUCACUUCUCCCAUCCGCUACUGCGUCGGGUUCUGCCACACACGCACCUUCGUCACACGGAAGGAGGGCAUCUGGAGUCAAGGCCACGAAUGCAAGAGCUGCCAACCUUCCCGAAUGGAGACUCUUCGCAUCCCCCUGGCGUGUGACGAUGGAUUCACCUUCGAGAAAAACUUCAAGAACGUGGUGGAGUGUAAGUGCGCCAAGUGUCGCCCCAUGGCACGCUGAGGAGCAGGGGAGGAACAUGGAACACAACCUGAUGGUCCUGUGCUCCCCUAGACAACGCUGUAUAUAUGUAACGCUGCCAUGGUAGAUAGGUUAAUACUGUAAAGGACUGGAAACUGGCCUGCCUGUAUGUCCUGGUCUCUGGUUCUGUUUUGGUUUUGUGUGUUGACAGACAGCAAUGCGCCGUCAAGGUACACCGACCUACACAUACACACACACACACACACACACACACACACACACACACACACACACACAUAAACAAACAAAC